AUGGCUGACUUUCCGAAGCUUGCAAGGAUCAAACUCGAUGAUGAGAACAUGGAGAAGAUCCAUUGUGCGGCACGGAAGGGGCAAACCGAAGAGGUGAAGCGCUUAGUGGAACAGGGCAUUGAUCCGGCGAUCCCCAACAGGUUUGGCUGCACCGCGCUUCAUCUGGCGUGCAAGCAUGGCCAAAUAGAGACAGCAAAAUAUCUUUCCUCAAUCUGUGAUGUGCACGGUGCGUGGCAUGGCCAGCGUCCGCUGCAUCUCGCCGUCCUUUCUAAUAAGGAGGUGCUUGUGGAGGCUCUUGUUGAGGGGGCGAGGGAACGCGGUCGCAAUGUGGAGAUUAUGUUGAAUGAAUGCGAUGAUGUCUCCGUCGAUGAUAUUGGGGAGCACCAAAAGCACACCGACGGUCAGACGGCUUUGCAUUGGUGUGUGGCGUUGGGUGACAAUUACUUGCCGAUGCUGCGUUUGCUUAUCAGACUGGGCGCCUCCCCGACAGCAAAAAACAAGGAAAACGUGACGAGUAUGAUGUACGCCAUGGAGUUUAAGAACGAAGCUGCCAUGGAAGAAAUGGUGAAGGGCGUGAAGCCGCAACAGCUGCGGCUUGACUAUCAGGACAAGGAGGGUAGGACACAUCUGCAUUAUGCCAUCCUCCACAACCGUCAAGAUUACGCCAUGCGGUUCAUUGAGAUGGGCCACGAUCCGCAAAUGGAGGACGAUAAUCACGAAACACCGCUCUUCCUUGCGCUUCGCGCCGCCAUGCCGGAUCUUUUGACGUACCUUCUUCAGAAUGUGGAUUCCUUUUCUGUACAGCAGGCUCCCUUUCACAAUGGCUCCGUGAUGGUGGCGGAACGCAUUCAGUGGUUGGAAUUUGCGACUGACGAGCAGGCCCGGACUGAGUGCAUCCGGUUAUUCCAGAAGCGCUUAGACGAGGUGAGCUUCCGACCAGAGGAGACUGAAAAGAAGAGGGCGAAACCGACCGUGAAGAAGAUGAAGUUGGCACCCUCCGCCCCAUUACGGAGCCGCAGUAUUGGAAAUGCCUCAGCACUACGCAGUAGAAGUAUUGGCGGCCGUAUUUCCGGCAAGUGA